GGACGAGUUGCCUGGAUUAAUCAGCGCCACCUUCGUUGACGGAAAUGAAUUUAUGAGAAUGUAAAUUGUUCACUUUUGUUCUAAUUUUAACUAUUAUUUUGGAGAAAUAUUAUCAAAAGACGUGAUGGCGGGGUGCUAUGAGUGUAUUGGUAAAACUCCCUUUGCUUCACUAAUAGCAGGAUUGAUAUGUAUAAUUGGAGUGGGUGUGUUCUGUGGGUCUCUGUAUAGAGCUCUUAGUUUAAUUAUAGAAGGAGUUCUCAAUAGCCAGUUUUUAUUCAAUGUUGGUUGGUUAGAGGUUAUUCAAGUUGUUUUUAUUAUUAUUGCUGUGUGUAUGGCAGUACUUGCUAUUAUUUUGAUGGUGUUCGGCUAUCUUGCAACUGGUGCCACUAGAGAGAACCUAUAUUCAGGAACAAAAUGUAUCAUGGGAGGUCGGGUGUCUGCAUGUUUUUUUAUGGUUGUAUCAUAUAUAUUGGGUAUGGCAUGGAUUGUAAUAUUAUCUGUAAUGGUAGUACCUAUUAUAGUUUAUGCUAGUAUUAGUCAAAUCUGUGAUAUGGAAGUUUACAGGAAAACAGCAACAUCGUUUCAUUACUGUUUUAAUCUUACCCAAUUUGGUAUAUAUAGAAAUGAGUCGUAUCCAGCUGGUACAGCUAUUCCUGGUAAAGAAGCACUAUGUGAACAUUAUGAAGUUAAACCCAUGUGUGACAAGGUAUUAGAAGCUGGACCUUUGUUUAGUGUGGCAUAUGGUGGUGCUUUCUGUAUAGUUUUAGGAAUGAUAUUGUUCAUGAUCUGUCUGGCAGCCAACUAUACACGCAUCAAGAUUUCUAAAGAAUUAACCCAGUAUCGAGAUGCAGUAGAGAUGGAGGAAUUAGAUAUACACAGUCUGACAGACAAGAAAACACCAAUAUCAUUUUAAAAAACAUUUAUUUUUAAAUUAUGUAAUCAUUUUAUACAAAACAUUUUAUUUUAUAAUGAAAUAAAGAAAAUAAGAAUUUCAAAUAAAAAAGAUAACCAAAUGGAGGUAUUAUUCAAAUAAUUAUAGAAAUUUCACUUGUGUUUUUAUUGUUAUUAACAUGUGUUCACAUGCGGUCAAAUGAAAAUAGAUCUCAUUUUAAUUGGUAUUUUUUUUUAUAAUUAAGCAUGUUGAUGAAUAUUUCAUAGAACUAAUUUAUUCUAAAUUGGUUAAGGGUUAUUGACUUUUAUUACCUACAUAAAAUUUUUACAUUGUUUAAAUUCUGAAUUAGAGAUACAAAACCGCAUAGAAUAAUGAUAAAAAUAAUGAAGUCAUUGAUUUAUGACUAAUUGUUUAUCAAAAUACAAGAUAUGGAAGGUCUACUAUUAUAAAACAUUGACCAAAGGAUGAUUUUGAACAAAACUGGAUUUGAAUAGAUGAUGCAUUUCUUCUAUCUGAUGUUGAUAGUGAAAUUGUACAAUACUUACAUGUAGUUUAGUGCUCACUUGAAUAUUCAAAUUUGAAUAGUUGUUCAAAGCUAUUUAUUUGAACUGAUUUUUAGGUAUUCAUUACAUGUAUUUGAUGUCAGGUUGAUUCAUGUUUAUCUUCUGUGGGAAAUAUUUGAUAAUUUUACUCGUUGAUAUGGAAGAUUCACAGUUUCUAGAUAAUUAGCAUUCAAAUAUAAACAUAGAAUAUUUAAAUAGUAAAAUCAGUAUUCAGUGUGAGCACUUAUGUUGUUAAGUAGUUUCAAUUAGAGUUUUAGUUAUUAGUGUAUUGUGGAGCAGAAUUCAUGAUAUAAUUCUAACUCAUAACCUUUCAAUGUAAUGCAUGAAGAAUUACUAGGUUAGAACUUACAAUUAUGUUGUGUAUUCUGCUCCAUAGUACAUUUAUUGUUGUAGUAUUUUAGUGAUAGUCUCUUUUAAAGUCUAAUAUUAUUAAUAAUACAAUUUAAUAUAGUAUUCAUUCCCAAUCUUUUAAAAAUUGCAAUGACAUAAUACAUUCAUUUUGUAUAAACUGUUUCUGUUUUUGGCUAAAAAUGGUCUUACGUACAUGUCCAAUUUGAAAUAUAUAAAAAUAAUCAUGAACAAGAAUAUUUAAUAUAUAAUAACUUAGAUCUAAAACUGUAGAUGCAAAAAUUUAAAUCAAACAAUCUGUUUUCCCUUACAGCUUUAAAUAAAUGAUAAGAUUGGGGACUUAAACUACUGACAAUAAAGGGACGCAAGUUAGUAAUAUGGUGUAAAUUUAUGUAUUAUUUCUAUUUAUAUAUCCAAAUUCUAUUCAUAAUUAUUUGUAAAUAGAACAUCUUGCUCAUUCAUUCAUUCAUUCAUUCAGUCACUCUACUUCUUCCUGUGUAUUUCAUUCUUUCAAUCAUAUCUAUAUAAUAAAUUAUAUUCCAGGCUUAUAUGUAACAAACAUUUGCUCAAUAGAAAUGUAGUUUUGUAUAAAGUUAUUAUAAUAAUUUAACUAAUGAAGCUGGUAUGUCAUUGUAAUCUCAUUUAUUAUCAUAGAUGUAGAUGAAUUGUUGAUGUAAAAUUUUAUUUAAUCUUCAAUACCAGUGUAUGAAUCAGUACCCGAUAUUACACAAUUCCUUGUGUAAGAAAUCAAGUGAAACUGCUUCAAUAAACUAUGUAUUUGGCACCCUGUUUUCUUAGAACCUAUCUAUGACAGCCAGAUGAGAAUUGAUUUAUGAUGUUGCUUCAAUUUUUUUUUUCAUUGUCAUUGUGGAAUACUCCGUCAGAUAGCUUUUCAAGAAGUCAAAUAUAAAUCUUUGAAUUUGGUGCUUCAUUUCCUUUUUACUUAUAUAAUUUUCUUAUUUAUAUAUUUUAAUAAGGCAGGGGUGGUCUGCCUUAUGUACUAUGUGCAAAAUAUUAUCGAUAUGACUUCUGAUAUAACUGCAAAAGACCUGUAACUCUAUAUUUUCGAUAAAAUUUGAAAUUAAAAUUCAAUAUUGGUCCAUCAAUCAAUAUUGAUGUUGUUAUCUUGCCGUGAAAAUAUAAGAUCUUGAUGUACAAUAUUUAAAAUAUACUGAAAAUGUUAAAAUCAGUAAACAAGUCGUGUACUUUACAGUUUUGGGUUCCAUUUGUAAUGAACAAAGAAAAACAUAUCCUACAACUCACUUAAUGCAGAAGUAAUUACUAAUGGCUGAUUCACAAACCAUAAAAUCAUAACUAAAAGAAAACCCAUAGAAUGGACUAUUCAGGCGUAAACGACUGCUGUUCAAUUGGGACUAGUCACAUAUUUUACUGAACAAUAUUGAUUUGAAUUUAAGAUAAAAAAUUUUCUAAUUGAAUAUAAAUCACUUUAUAUACACUCAUAUUACAUUAAUAUGUACUUUUAGACCUAUUUUCUUCUAUUUUAAGGUUCCAAUAAAUAGCGCAGUAAACCCUUUAAGAAUAAAUGUCAACAGAAGAUAGAAACAUUAUUUACCUUGAUGUUAACACCUAUUUAACCUCUGUAGUCAGAAAGUGGGUCUACUGAAAACUUCUGUAAUAGAAAGGGGAAAAUUACAGACAAUUAAACUGUCAAACUGGUCUAACUUACAUUUUAACAUUGUAUCAUGACUUACACUACUUACAGCUUGGAAAGGUCAUAUUUUUGCCACCCCUACAUGUCUAAAGAGAACUGUAUUGUAUUUCAUGUAUUUUUGAGGUAUUUUAACUUAAAUAAAUAAUAUAGCUACCAAGUCUAACCACCCCACAAGAAAAUAUAUGUAUUUGUUAAUUGCUGAAUUUAUUUUGUACCAGUGAUUGUCAUUUUCCAUCUAUAAAUUUUAUCAGACCAUUUCAUUCUUUUAUACAGCAAACUGUCCUGUUGUGGUUUAUAUUAUAUUUUUCUUUACAUUUCGACAUGUAAUAAAUGUCAUCAGAUUUUUUUCAA